AUGUCGCCAGCUGCAGUCCCACCUCCCGCAGAGGCUUUCGCCCCCCUGGAACAAAUAAAUCGUCCUCCAGAGGGUGUCGUCCUCCCUCCAAAAGACCUCCGAGCCAUCGUUGAAAAGACUGCUGGCUACGUUGCUCGUAACGGGCAAGUCUUUGAACAACGUAUCCGCGAAAAGGAGAAACACAAUCCCAAGUUUUCGUUCCUUAAUACAGCCGAUUCAUAUUACCAGUUCUACAUAUGGCGCCUCGAAGAGAUCCGUGCUGGUCGCGGGACCGCCCUCGCAGCCGGACGUGCAGGUGGCGCAGAAAGCAAACCAGAACCCGUAGAACCAGAGAAACCCCAAGGUCCUGCAGAGCCACCAGAGUUCAAAUUCAGUGCCCGGAUGCCAAACAUCUCCGCACAGGAUCUCGAUAUUCUCCGGUUGACCGCGCUAUUCGUCGCACGACAUGGCCGCUCGUUCCUAACGACCUUGUCGCAACGUGAAGCUCGCAAUUUUCAAUUUGAUUUCCUUCGCCCCAACCACUCAUUUUACCAAUACUUCUCACGUCUUGUAGACCAAUACACAGAACUCUUGACGCCCUCCGGAGGUGUCUCUGUUGAGGAACUUGAGAAGAAUGUUAAAGACAAAUUCCACAUCCUUGAUCGAGCACGGGGUCGCGCAGAGUGGACAAAAUUCCAGGAAAAAGAACGAGAGAAGAAGGAAGAGGAAGAGGACCAGGAGCGCCUCACAUAUGCGCAAAUCGAUUGGCAUGACUUCGUUGUUGUUGAAACGGUCGUCUUUACUGAUGCCGACGACCAGACUGACCUUCCACCCCCGACGUCCUUGUCGGAUCUACAGCAUGCUUCUCUAGAACAAAAGGCACUUAUGUCACUACACCCAUCAGCCCUGCGGAUAGAAGAAGCUAUGCCCACUUCUGACCCAGAGCCUAUUGAGACUCCAUACCAACAACACCAAAGACAGCAACGACAGGUUGCAGAAGAGGAAGACGGUAUGGAAAUGGAGAUGGAAGGUAGUGAUGACGAGGACCGCGAGAGGCAGCGCGAGCAAGAUAGGAAACGACAGGCGCAGGAGGCGGCUAAACAGGGACUUGGUCAAGGUCAGAUGAAAAUCAGGAGUGACUAUGUACCUCGCGCGCUUGCAAAGCGACAGCUAGGCCAGCUCGGUAUCUGUCCGAACUGUGGACAGAAUAUUCCGUUAGAUGAAAUGGAAGACCAUAUGAGAAUUGAAUUGCUUGAUCCCCGCUGGAAAGAACAACGUGCCCGGGCCGACGCCAAACAAUUAACAACUAAUAUCUCCACCAAUGAUACAGUCCUAAACUUGAAACGUCUUGCUUCCCAGCGCGACGAUCUCUUUGAUUCUACAGGUGGUCACAAUGUCUCCGCCGAGGAGCUGGAGCGUAGGAAACGUGUUGCAACUGGUGGCUCUUGGGAUGGAUCUGCAGAGACAAAGGAUGCAGUUCGCCAUCAGCAGCUCCAGAAUAUAAAUGUUCAAGAACAGAUUGAGGCAAUUAGAAGGAAGGCAGGAAAUGUUUCUAAUCCUAGUGUGGGGCCCCAGAGGCAAUAG